AUGAAAGAAGCAAACACGCUGCAGGAAUAUGUCGAAGGGCGAUACCCCAGUGAGAAGUCAAUUGGCCGUCUGUACGAUAUGGAGCUCUCGGUCUUUAAUGAUAGGCUGGAGGCCGAUGUGCGAGCCAGUGGCACAGUUGCGUUUAUGUCUUCCCAGCUUCUUUCGGAAGAGCCAGUGCAGCACACGUUCAUGCACGACCUUGAUUCGCUCCUGUGGGUGCUGGUGUGGCUAGUUGCCGUGCGUGCGCAGGAGGAUAAUCAGCAUAAUGCAAAUUCGCUACGUGAAGAGGUGUAUUCAUCUGACGACAGCUUCAAGUAUUCAUUUGUUAAUAUCUCUGAAAGAGCUCGUUCACAAAUGGCGAGAAUAAUCGAUCUGGCGGACACGGAAUGGGAGCAUACAUAG